AUGACUAACCCUUGCAAAGCCUUCACCAGUGGCUCCCUCUCCUCUUGGGAGGUGUCAGGGAAGAUGAGCAGAGGAAAAGCCGCCAGCACAUCCCCGGAUCGCCUGGGCCGCUGCAGUCCCAGCGGGGUGGCCAGCAAUGGCUAUAGCUCUCUCAGCCUCCACGGAGACAGUGAAUAUCGAUGCUCCUCUUACCCCUCCUUCUCCAUUGACGGGAGACUCCUGGCCCCUGUGCGCCUUGAUAUCGACCCCGACUUCCAAGCCAUGCGGCAGCAGGAGAAAGAGGACAUCAAGUUGCUCAACAACCAGUUUGUGACCCUAAUUGAGAAGGUCCAGUGCUUGGAGCAACAGAACAAGAUCCUGACAACAAGGUGGAACUUCCUGAAGGAUCAAGACAAUUCCCACUCUGAGUCAGACAUCAAGGCCAUCUAUGAUCAGUACAUGAGCAAAAUGAAUCAAGAGAUGAAGGCGCUCAGCUACGAGCAGAAAAAUCUCGAGUCGGAGCUGACAAAGGUCCUGAGCACCAUGGAUGACUUUCGAAGCAAAUAUGAGGAUGAAAUUCGCCUCUGUAGUGGCAUGGAAUACACCUUCAUGGAGCUCAAAAAGGAUUUAGAUAUGAGCUCCUUGCACAGAACUGAGCUGGAGGUAAAACUCAACGGGCUCCAAGAGCUGAUGGAUUUGAAGAAAACCAUCUACGAGCAGGAACUCGAGGAGCUGCUGACAGAAAUUAAGGACAUUUCUGUUGUACUGGGAAUUGACAAUGCAUGCAAACUUGAUCUGAGCAAAAUUGUGGAAGAAGUGAGGGCCCAGUAUGAAGCCCUAGCUCUUCGGAGCUGGGAGGAAGCUGAAGCACUUACCAGGAGAAAGCUGAAUGAAGGAAGCACCCAGUCAGGCACCUACGGAGGUCACCUCCUUGACAGCCGACGGGAGAUCGCAGACCUGAACAUACAGAUCCAGAAGCUGAGGUCCUGCAUCGUGUCCCAAAAGAGCCAGUGCCUGUACUUAGAGGAGCAUAUCAAAGAAGCAGGAGAGCAUGGUGAGACGGCCCUCAAGGAUGCCAAAGCCAAACUGGUCAAGCUAGAAGAAGCCCUACAGAAGAGCAAGGAGGAUAUGGCUCAUCUGGUGAAAGAGUAUCAGGAGCUGAUGAACAUCAAGCUGGCACUGGAUGUGGAAAUCCUCACUUACAGGAAGCUGAUGGAAGGGGAGGAGAGCAGCAUGGAGCAACCGAUACCCACAGUCAUCAGCACCAUCCACUCCAGACCAAAGCACCUUUCUGCCAGCACCUUGAGAAACUCCAAGCUGUUUGCGAGAGGAACAGGCAACACCAACGGUGAGAUGAAGCCAAGCGGAGGCAGCACAAAGAUACUGCCCUCCAGAAGCCACAGUGACAGCUCAGCGACACCCGAAGCAGAUGCCUUCAGAAGCGGUGCCCGGCCAAAGCUCAGUUCCCUGCCCACUGAAGAAUGCUCCUAG